GAGUGAGACGACUUUAAAUUUUAAAAAUGGCAGCUUUAAAUAUUGUGUUGUGUAUUGCUACUUUCAUUCAAUUCAGUAUUGCUCAAAGAUCACCAACAAUAUCCUAUAUAACACAGACACAGAUCAAAGAUAUUGGUGGAACUGUGGAACUUUCCUGUUCAGUACAAUACACACAAGACUACUCAGUGAUAUGGAUGAAAGUUGAUAAGAAUCAGAACUCCUAUAGUUUACCAAUUUCCACAGGCAGUUCCCUAAUUUUGCAUGACUCAAGAUUCUCUCUCAGAUAUGAUCCUAGUAGUUCAACGUAUUUACUUCAAAUCAAAGACAUUCAAGAAACAGAUGCUGGCUACUAUCAGUGCCAAAUAUUGAUAUCUCCCAGUAACAGAGUGACAGCAGAAGUUGAAUUGCAAGUUAGAAGACCACCUUUUAUAUCAGACAACUCUACCAGAUCUAUAGUUGUUUCAGAAGGAGAAGCUGUCGAAAUGGAAUGUUACGCUGGAGGUUACCCAUCGCCGAGGAUUUCGUGGAGGCGAGAGAACAACGCCAUUCUGCCGACGGGCGGAUCGAUAUACAGGGGCAACAUUCUGAAAAUCAAAUCGAUCCGCAAAGAGGACCGCGGUACUUACUACUGCGUUGCUGAAAACGGAGUUGGAAGAGGAACGAAACGCAAUAUCGCCGUGGAGGUGGAAUUCGCGCCGGUGGUGGUGGUGCCUCGGCCGCGCCUCGGCCAGGCGCUCCAGUUCGACAUGGACUUGGAGUGCCACGUGGAGGCCUAUCCGCCGCCAGCCAUCACCUGGGAGAAGGACGAAGUGACGCUGUCGAACAACCAGCACUACCGGAUAUCGCACUUCGCUGUUGCCGACGAGUUCACGGAUACCACUCUCAGGGUGAUCACCAUAGAGAAACGUCAGUAUGGCCAGUACACCUGCAAGGCUGCAAAUAAAUUGGGAACAAUGGAAGGAAGGGUGGAGCUUUUUGAAUCGAUCAUCCCUGUAUGCCCGCCUGCCUGUGGUUCUGCUCGAUAUGCUGGAGCAGCUACCAUCUCUACCAGUACCGCUGCAUUAUUUAUCACAAUACUCAUCUUUAUUUUUAGAAACUUCCGUUCCCAAUAGUAACUAUCCAGGACUUAUCUGGAUAAAUCCGGGUAGAAGAAAUUUGCCUGCACCAUUGCAGAAUCUCAUUUACGUAUACAUAAUUUUAGUUUUACGUCACUAGCAUAAAACAUAUUUGCACAUUAUCUAAUUGUACAGUUUUGAAGUACAAAAUUAUAAUUGCACAUUAAUUUUGUGCGAUGGUAAAUUCUUUUUUUAUAAUCACUAUUAAAAGUACGCCUUUUAACACUGAGAUCAUUUCAAGAUACCAGUGUUAGAAGUAACUAGAACUAUAAAUAUUAUUUAUUCAUUCAGUACAUUGAUUGAGCAUGAGUAAAAAUACAACAAUUAGUAAUUCCUAAUAUUUUUUAUCUAUUACUUUGGCGGACUUUUAAUAGUGUUUGUUGAAAAAAUAUAUUAUGAUGUCCCUGUUAAGAAUGCAUUUAACACUACAUCAUAAAUAGCUAUUGUAAUUUUCUAUCUUUUUUUAUGAUUUAUCCACAUAGUAU